AAUAGCGUGAGAGCUUAGAAGAAGCAGCCAUGGCGUCAGUUGCUGCUCUUCUCCUUGCUCUUUUCUUUUCUAUAUCUGCGAGUGGGAAUGCUCAGCCAAAGGUUCCGGCGAUCUAUGUGUUCGGCGACUCCACGGCGGACGUCGGAAACAACAACUACCUGCCGGGGAAUAAUGCCAAGGCCAACUUUCCUCAUUACGGCAUCGACUUCCCGCACUCCAGGCCGACCGGGAGGUUCAGCAACGGCUUCAACGGCAUUGACUUCUUGGCCGGUCACAUGGGCUUCCGAAGGAGUCCGCCACCAUAUCUUUCCCUCACAAACAAGACCAGCCAUGGAAUUCUUAAGGGCCUGAGAGGAGUAAACUUCGCUUCUGCAGGAUCUGGAAUUCUUGAUUCCACUGGAACUACCAUCAGUAUGACAAAACAGAUCAAAUAUUUUGCCACCAUAAGAUCAAGAAUUGCAGCACGACUGAACACGGAGAGAACCAACGAUGUACUCUCAAAAUCUAUCUUCCUCAUCAGCUCCGGGAGCAAUGACCUCUCCGCCUUUUUUCGACAAAACAAUGCACCAAACAACACGCAAAAGGAACAGUUCUACAACACUCUCAUCUACAACUACAAAAACCAUAUCGAGGCAUUGUACGACUUGGGAGCAAGGAAGUUUGGGAUAAUCGACGUUGCACCCAUCGGUUGCUGCCCGUCCUCGAGAGUUUUGCACCCUUUGGGAGAUUGCAUCGCCGUCUUGAAUGAUUUGGCCGUUGGUGCUAAUGAUGCCGUCAAAGUUAUGUUAAGCAAUCUUCACGCGACAUUGAAGGGGAUGAAGUACUCACUCGGGAGUUCUCAUGCAGUGGUGUCAAAUAUUAUAGCUGAUCCAGGAGCAGCUGGGUAUAAAGAGGUCCAAAGUGCAUGCUGUGGAGGUGGUAAGUUGAAUGCAGUAUCCGGUUGCAUGCCGAACGCUACUUACUGUGACAACCGCAAAGAAUACCUCUUUUGGGACGAUGGACAUCCUACCCAGGGUGCAUCCAAGAAGGUAGGCCUUGCCAUCUACCAUGGAUCACUGCAGUAUGCCAGCCCUAUCAACUUCAAGCAGUUGGUCGAGGAUGAUGGUUAGAAAUGAAGUUGGUGUAUUAUUCAACUAAGCAAGUAGCUAGCCAUUAUUGUUGGGAAAUUAUAAUUGCAACAUGACAGUCUAAUUGCUAUCAGGGAUGAUGGCGUCUGCAGAAAUAAAUAAGGGUUAUGAUUUUGACUGGUGCAUGCACUACUAAAAUUCUUACCAAUGAAGUAUAACAGGACAAUGUCCACAUUUGCAUUGCUAAACUAAUUCAAAAGAUUGUUCAAGGGAUGGACGUA